CUCUUAUGUUUAUUACCCGGAUGUACAGAGCGCUCGUCACGGGAUAGUGAUUUCCGGUUGGAGUCCUGUUUAAAGCUUUUUAUGUCAUGCCUCCUGGUCCUCAUUCUUUUAUGUGGAUAAAUGUGGGAUUACGCACUUCGGCAGCAAAAGGCAGAAUAUUAUCCAAAUGGCAAUGAAUUGAGAGCGAGGAGUGUGCAGUGAGACUUGUGUGUUCUUGGACACCAGUCAUUGAAGGUCAUUCAAGCUUUUGUGUCCUCAAGUGCACUGUUCACACUUUGCUGAGAGAGUACAGUUACCACUCUGGAUAAAUUGUUCAACUGUUGGGAGAAAAACUAACUGGGAUUGUAUGACUUUUUGCUGCAGUAGAUGUUCUGGUCACUAUGGGUGCGAUUAAAGUCUCCCCUGAUUAUAACUGGUUCCGGAGUACAGUCCCACUGAAAAAGAUAAUAGUGGAUGAUGAUGACAGUAAAGUCUGGUCCCUUUAUGAUGCAGGACCCAGAAACAUAAGAUGCCCAAUAAUAUUCCUCCCCCCAGUAAGUGGAACAGCAGAUGUUUUUUUUCAUCAAAUUUUGGCCUUAACUGGAUGGGGCUACAGAGUUAUCUCUCUACAGUAUCCUGUUUACUGGGAUCUCCUUGAAUUUUGUGAUGGAUUCAGGAAGCUUUUAGAUCAUCUACAGCUGGAUAAGGUUCAUAUUUUUGGCGCUUCCUUGGGAGGAUUUUUGGCACAGAAAUUUGCAGAAUAUGCACAUAAAUCACCCAGAGUUCAUUCUCUUAUCUUGUGUAACUCAUUCAGUGACACAUCUAUCUUCAACCAGUCUUGGACUGCUAGCAGCUUCUGGUUGAUGCCUGGAUUUAUGUUGAAGAAGAUUGUUCUUGGAAACUUUACAACUGGUCCUGUGGAUCCAAAAAUGGCAGAUGCAAUCGAUUUCAUGGUUGACCGGGUUUUUGAUCACAGUGCACUUUCUCAGGAAGCCAAAGAAGAAAUGUAUAAAUUAUAUCCAAAUGCAAGACGAGCACAUCUUAAAACUGGUGGCAACUUUCCCUAUUUGUGUCGGAGUGCUGAGGUUAACCUUUAUGUACAGAUCCACCUGCGACAGUUCCAUGGUACACGAUAUGCUGCAAUUGAUCCAGCAAUGGUGAGUGCUGAAGAGCUUGAGGUGCACAAAACCAGGGUUGAAAAUGGGAAUGAAGAAGAUCUUUGACUUUCUCCCUUGACAAUAAAAGUACAUUUCCACAAGAUGGCACUGAAGUGUUAACUCUCAAAUUUUGGCAAUAGAAUACCAUCUUUUAAAAUGUUGUGCGGCUGAGCAAAUGAGAUGUCUACCUGAUUACUUUUGUUCUUUCAUUCUAAUGAAUUUAAUUCCCAGAAAUUUUUUUUGUCUGAAACCUUUCCCAAUCUCUUGUCUAAUUAAAGAUUUAAAAUUCAAGCUAUAGCUAAAUAACCAAUUCCAUAAGCCUCCUUGCAUUGCCUCUUAGGUGAGUUCUGUUUUAUUAAAUGUAAUUUUAUUUUAAUUCACUUGUUGACUAGUUAAAUAUUUGAAGUGCAAUUUGCCUGUGGUUCGAUCACUUCAUGACACCUUGAUUUUAAAUUAGUUGUUAAAUGGUAAUGUGUCUGAUAUACUGCAUGUGUUUAGCCAUUUAUUUACCAUAAUUUGUUUUGAAAUUCAUGUAAGUAGUUGAUUUAAAAACUUUCCAGUCUGUGUGUGUUUGUUAAUUUGACUUGAAUUCAUCAGUGAAUCUGUUUGCAGUUACUGCAAAUAUAAAGCUAAAAAUUUGCUGUAUUUGACUUUUACUAAAUGGAUUAAAGUUUAGAGUGUAAAUGCUAUGUGCUAUGUAAACAUAUUGUUGAACAGGCUUACUUUAAAGUGGCGGUUUGUCUCAGAUAUUUGCCUUGGAAGAGAAUAACUCACUGAAGUCAGGAAGCAGCUAUCAAGAAUAUACAUUGAAGAAUAUGCUAUUAAUGUGUUUUAUUGCAUUCAAUGAAUGAAAUGCAUAAACCUCUAAUCUCGUCUGCAAAGAUUAGAGUUCAAAACAUCUUCUAAAGAUGUCUUUAGGGGCUGAGUCCCUCUUCCCUGAGGUUUUUACACCAGUUAAAUAUGGAAUGUUGUUCAAGAUGUUAACUAUAAAACAGCAUCAUUUGAUACCAACUGAAAGUUGAGGGGUUAAAGUUUGGGGAGGUGUGGUCCUAAUGGAGGGCUUGUUAGAGUUGAGAUGAGGGAGGGUUUGAGGCUGGGGAAGGGUUGAAGAGAGGUGGGAGAAUGACAGAAGGGUUGACGAAUUGAGCAUGAAGAAUAAAAGGAGAUUGUGGAGAAGUUGAGUGCAAGAGAGUAAAAUUGCAAAAGUGGAGUUUCGGGGAGGAGUAGGAAUGUGAGAGCAGGGAAAAUUUGAGGCAUGGAAAGGUUGCUUGGGGGGAGAGGCUAGAUAAGAAGAAAGGGUGAGGAGGUGGAGGGAGUCAUUUGGAAAGGGUGGCAGUGGUUGUGAUGUGGAGACAAACUUCCAAAGGUGGUACAGCCAGAAGGAAAUUAGAGUCAUAGAAAUGUACAGCACAGAAACAGACAAAUUCGCUCAUGCCAACCAGAUCUCCUAACCUAAUCUAGUUCCACUUGGCCCAUAUCCCUCUAAACCCUUCCAAUUCAUAUAUCCAUCCAGAUGCUGUAAUUAUACAAGCUUCCACCACUUCCUCUGGCAGCUCAUUCCAUGCACGUACCACCCUCGGUGUGAAAAAGCUGCCCCUUAGGUGCCUUUUAUAUCUUUCCCCUCUCGCCCUAAACCUUUGCCUUCUAUUUCUGGACUUACCCACCCCAGGGAAAAGGCUUUGUCUAUUUAUCCUAUUCAUGUCCCUAAUGAUUUAUAAACCUCUGUAAGGUCACCCCUCUGCCUCUGAUGCUCCAGGGAAAACAAACCCAGUCUAUUCAGCCUGUCCCUCUAGCUCAAACCCUCCAACCCUAGCAACCUCCUUGUGAACAUCCUUUUCUGAACUCUUUAAAGUUUCACAAUAACAUUCAGAAAGCAAAGAGACCAGAAUUGCACUCAAUAUUCCAAAAAUGGCCUAACCAAAGUCCUGUAAACACGCAACAUGACCUCCCAAUUCCUCUACUCAAUACACUGAACAAUAAAGGAAAGCAUACCAAAUGCCGCCUUCACUACCGAUCUACCUGUGAUUUUACUUUCAAGGAACUACGAACCUGCACUUCGAGGUCUAUUUGUUCUCAAACCACGUUGAAAAUUAAACUUUUCAGAAAUACUAAAUGAAUAA